GUAUCUGUCGAUGACGUCAUAACAAUUCACCAUUGUGCUGCAUUUAAGAAAUGACGUAAGUAGGGCACCAUUGAGCAAAUGUCAGAUUUAAAUAAAAAUAUGGCGUUGGGCGGUGACAUGUGUCAUUAUUUAGAUCAGUAGUUCUUUAAACCGGGUUCGAUACAAACGAUGUCUGAUUCGUCGAAAUGUUAUAAAAAAAUCGAAAAUUUAAUCAUUUUGCAUUUUCAAAAAAUUCAGUCUAAAGUGUGUAAGAACGUUGACAUAAAUUAUAAAAAUCGAUAAUACCAAUACAGUCUAAUUUUAAACUGUAUGACAGAUUUUAAUAUAAGAAUAUUGUACUUCCAUAUAAGUGAUACAAGAUUUUUUUUAUAAUUAUUUGUACAUUAAAGUGAACUAUUAUAGAUGAGAUAAGAAAAAAGAAAUAGAGAGGUUAUGUCAACGUUUCAUCUUGACAGGCGCAACUGCUUUCAGCUGCAUUAAAAAGUAGAAUAUAAAAAAGUUGCGAAAGGCUAGCGAGUAGUCAGUAACCAUUCUGCUCUCGACUGAGCAGGUAGUACUUAGAAGAAGUUCUUAUCUAUUUUUUCGCAGUUAAUGAAUUUCAAUUUUACUAUCUUUUGAAAAUCUCUACAAUUUUGGAAAUCUACAAGGAUAUACAAAAGAAGGAAGCAAAUAUGGGCGACAAAAGAAUCGAGCAUAUUGUAAUGACACCAAAGUGCAAAACUGGGAAUUCAACAACUUUGAUAAUAGAAAGACAAGCUUUAGAACCUCCCACAGAAAAUGGAAAUGAUAAUGUACAUGUUGCUGGUGGAGAUCACAAAGGAAUUGUUAUUAACAAACAAGCUAUUAAUGUUACAAAUGGCGAUGUAUCAGCACCACAUCUGUGUCUACAAUUUAGAGUAUUUUUAGUAAGUACACAAACUGGGAAACAUACACAAGAGUCUAGGACACUUGAAUUUUGGUUUAGCGAUACCUGUUCAGAAACAGAACAACCCACUGUCGCACAAGAAUUUUUUAGAGAAUUAGUUGCACCACAAGAAUUUCCAAGAGAUUACGUGGGAUUUAUAAAGAAAAUAAUAAAGCUAAUGCAACACAAGUACUCCAGUAUUAAAAAAUUAGAGGUAGAAUUGAAACAACUUGAAGAACCAGUUUCACUUCCAACUAGACCAUCCCGCACCGGUUAUAUAGUCAUCACACUUCCUCCGUCUAAGAAAAUUAUUUGGAAAACAGUAUCUACGGAUGAAGCUGUUAUGGAUCAAGUAAUAGAGCUCACUAUAGAAAAGGUGUUGGAACUUAUUGAAUCUGCUUAUCCAAAUCCAGUUACCGUAAUUGAUAUAGCAAAAGAAUAUGGUUGGGAAGUAUCUGCAGUCGAAGCAAAGAUGAAGGAAUUACAAGAAAAAGGUGUUGUAAAAGCAAUGGAUCAUGGAGCUUUCACCAGAGUUGUACAUCAAGAUACUCAAGUUCAGGUUGUCAAACAAAUGCCUACAAUGGCCAGUUCUAAACAGCCAACAAUAGCAAUUAUCACGGCACAGUAUUGCGAGAAGCUUGCAGUAGAUUCCAUGAUUGAAAAUAAAGAAACGUUUGUUCGAUAUACGACUGUAGGUACACCAACUUCACCAGAUACAACAGACGGAGUUCCGCGCGUGUCUUGCCGUUUUGGAGAAUCAAACGUGUAUACAUUGGGUAAUAUCGGUGCUCAUAGAAUCGUUUGCACAAAAUUGCCAACUGUGGGUCAUACUCGAGAAGCUAUGACUGCAGCAGGAAAUACUACGACUAGAUUAUUAGGUACUUUCCAAAAAGUUGAUUUCGUAUUCCUGGUUGGUGUUGGCGGAGGUGUACCGCAUUAUACGGAUUACAAGAAGCAUGUGAGGCUUGGGGAUGUGGUUGUUUCGCAUCCAACUCCGAUCAAUAAAAAAUAUGUAUACGUAUAUUGUGAAAGCGCGAAGAUAAACGAGAAAGAUAAUUAUCAUUUCGAGACCAAAGAAUACUGUCCACCUAAUCUAGGUCUUCAAGAAAUAGCUGUUAAUUUGAGACAACAGUCGGAAAACGAGAUAAAUCCUCCUUGGCAAGGGUAUCUAAAGGAAGGUAUAGAAAAUUUAGGCAAUCAAGCGGAACACGACUUCAAAGCACCACCCGCUGAAUCCGAUAAAUUGUACAUGGCUAUUGGAGAAAGAGACGUGAUCGAAGUUGCUCACCCUAUUGCUCCUCAGGAUGCGACGAACAAGAGAAUGGAGGGCUGUCCUCGAAUCCAUUUGGCACCAAUCGCUUCGGGUCGGCAAAUUGCAAGAGACGAUCAACUUAGACAAAAAUUUGCCACUCGAUUUGGUGCACUUGCUUUCGAUGCCGAAAUGGAUGCCGUAGUUGAAAGUAUCCUUGGUAAUUGUAGAGAGAGUUUUGCAGUAAUACGAGGUAUCUCCGAUUACAAGGACGGCUCUCGUAUCAAAGAGUGGCAACCUUACGCCUCAUUGGCAGCUGCGAGCGUUAUGAAGGCCGUUAUUUGCGCUAUGGAUCCACCAACCAAUGUCUAAUUCUUAUUCCUUUUCUAUAUACUGUGUGGAUCGUUAGCCAAAUUAUUCGAUAUACGUCUCACGUAGCAUCAAAAUGCGAUAUGGACCAAAUCAUUUUCGUGAUCUAACUGAUACGUCAAAUAAUUUAUUUGACGAUAAUACUAAGAUCAGCACAAAGUGCAUAAAUAAUAGUGAUCGGCGAAUACUUUUGUUCGUCAUUUUUCACGAAUAUAUAUAUACAUAUAUACGUAGAAAUCGUUAUAAACGGGCCACCGGCAAUCAAUUCCAUUUUCUACUUUUACUUCCGUUUCUAUUCGUCAAAUUUGUACGAUGUAAUAGUUUAACACAAGGUGAUCUCCGAUAUAAAUGAAUAUGUGAACAGAUAGAAAUGUUCUAUUGAUAAAAUAAGAUCGUAAACCAUCUAUUGGUUGCUGGUCAACCGUGCAAUAAGACGAAUGAAAGAUACGUAUAAUUAUCGCCUUCCGAAAUGAUUUUUUUAUGUAUUUUAUAAAAUGGUAAUGUUUCUAUAUAGUGGAGAGUGCCAUUCUUUCAGAUAUCUUUUUUUUUCAACCGGAUAUUGAGUUCCAUUUCAAUUUUAUAUCGUAACUUUUUUUCUACAAAUAUUGUUCGCAAUAUGCGAUAUUACAAAUGUGACGAUUAUACUGACAAUAACGGUUGAUCUUCUAUAAGCAAGAUCAUUCCUGUAAUAUUCCAAUGAAUUUUUUUUCUAUUUACAAUUAGAGCAUCGUUCUUCGUUAUUACCCCCCGUGCGCAAAUGCACCGUUCAUGUCAGUCGAAAACAUUAUAUCAAUGCGAACACCCAUCAAAGUUAUAUCAAUAUCGAUUUUAGUUAUUUGAUAGAAAUGGUGCCAUUGCUACUGUCCGACAUUGUAGAAUGCUUCUUAUAUAAAGCGAUUAUCUCGCAAUCAGUUAGACAAGCAUAAGUUGUUCCUUAAGUAUUUCUUCAAGAGUAAAAUUUUAAUAGACUCAUUUCACGAUUAAUGAACAGAAAUUAGAAUAAAAAAAAAGUAUUAAAUGUUAGGACUGAAAGAGAACCGAGUAUAAUACUCGACUUAUUCACAGAAUAUUUCCGCUGUCGUAUUUUCCAUCUUAAUAUAGAUAUAGAAGAACGAAUCAAUCUCAACUCGAAUUUACUCGAUGAACGUAGCUAGGUUUAGAUGUGAUAGUCAUCGCUAUAAAAAAAAAAAAGAAAAAGAAAAAGAAAAAUUUAUUGCCAUCGUUUGGUAAUAUUUCUCAAAAUCCAAUCAAAUUAAUCGUUGCAAUAUUAGGUACGUCUACGAUCAUUACAUAUUUACCAGAGUAUAUCAAUGUUUUAAAAAGAUCACAUUUUAUUCAGGAAGCUGCAAGAGUGUUAAAGAUUACCUAACGUAUAUGAAUACUUUUAUAUUGGUUUAUCAUUGUCGAGAAAUUGAUCGACCGAGAAUAAAAUCUCGAUGUCUUCACUAAUAAUUACGGAACUUCGAUAAUAUUGAUAAGUGUGCCAAUGUGUUCAUACGUACGAAGUAAAAUUAACUAUCCUUGAAGAAAUAACAAAAUUCGAUUUACACAAACAUAUCGUUUUUUUUUCUGAGAACGUAUACGUUUCAUUUAACGUUUAAUAACAAUUCUGAUCAAAUUUUAUCGAAUCCUUCCAUUACGACACUUCCUAGCAUUAUUAAUGCUUUAUAUAUUCUAAAGCACAGGGUAGUAAGUAAGAACUAAAUUAUAAAUCUAUACAAAGAUUGCAUUCAAAUAUAAAUCGGAAUAACGUAGGAAAGUACUAGAUAUAUAGAUAGUAUAUAUAUAUAUAUAACGUCUAUUGUGUUAAUAAUGAAAGUCAAAAAUUUUAAUAGACAGAUACAUGUGAUUUACUAUCGAGAGUAAAAGUAUUUAUCAUUUAUAAAGUCUCUUAACUUAUAUAAGUGAUAAUUAUAUUUAUUUAUUUAUUUAUUAACACGAAAAAGUAACAAUUAUUGAUUAUUCAAAGUUAUUUUCUUUCUCUUUAAAUUGUAUUUAAAACAAAAAAAAAACGAAGCGGCAUCUAUUAUAUCUGUCGUUUUGGCACAAUAUCAAAAUAUAAUAGAAGGAAUAUUUCUAAAGAUAAGAAAAGUGGACCGAAGAAGAGACGAUUAAAAGUCACUUGUUGUGUAGGAGCACAAUAUUCAAAUUCUAUGAGCUAUAGAGAGAGACUAUCAACUUACACAUAUUAUAAUGAUAUAAAAUUUAAUAUAUUUAUCUAUAUAUACCGGCUGAACUAAUAAAGAUUAUCACUUCAAAUAAUUCGGUCUCUAUUGACUUUAUUCAAAAAUGUUAACAAUUAAAUUUAUGAAUCCGAUCAAGUGAUCAUUUGAUGUAUUAUAUUCAAUGAAACAUCACAAGGUACUCUUUAAUUUUUUAAAUAUAGUUGCAUAUUGUUUCAGUACUCUAUUAUAAUAAAUUGCAAUUCUACAACCUAUAAUAAAAAGGUACUUAAAUUACGAGUUAUUUCAUGUGAUAAUAUUUAUUGACUGACCUGGUAUAUAUAUUUAUCGACGAGUUAUAUAUCCUAGAGUAAUGAAUUCGAUUUACCUGAUGAAAGAUUCCUAUGUAUGGCCUAACUUUAAUUUUAUGAUUAAAAUAUUCCUUUUAUUUUCUUUUUUGUUAUUGCGUUAAUAGAAAGUCUGAUAUAUACAUUUAUUUGUGUAAGAAUCAAUUGCGGCGGUACACAGUGGUAUAUUACGAAAUAUAUGAUAAGGUUCUCGUAAA